GAAAAUAUAUUCAAUCUAUAUACGCUAUAUUAUUUUAAUGAAUUUAUUCAACUGGCGCUUGUUGCAUUUCGUCAUAAAUAGACCUACGUUCUAUUUUGGCGGAAAUGAUAGGAUAUGCGUGCGCAUAAGACCGUUGGAAAAGAAUAUAUUCAGCAAAGAUGCAGCCAUUGUUAUUGCUAGUGGCAUUGAUUGCCUUCAGCAUUUGCAAUGUAGAAACUACCUCGUUGCUCGAUUGGGUUUGGGGAAAUAAGCCACUUGAGUCAACAGUAUUAGUCGCUGAUGGCAUACCACUCAUAUCAAUUCCAUAUGAAUCUAUGACUGACGAUGAAAAAUUCCUUCAAGAGGCUGCAAAACUCACAGAAAUUCAGGUUUCGUCUCCUUUGGAUACUUGUCAGCACAAAGUAGUCAUGAAGAUAAAGACUUCUUGUAGCGAUAUAACUGAAGAGGAACUUGCGAAACUGAGCGUCAAUUUACUCAAUUGUCAAUCAGCAGUUGAGGGCAGAAAGAUGUUUUCUUGUACCGAGGAGAUGUCCCUGAAGCAAUGUACAACGGAUAUGGACCCAGAUAUGUGGAACGCGUAUCAUUUAAUGAGUAACAGAGCAAGAGCUGUAUGUUAUGCAGCACGAAAUACACAAUUUCGAGCUCUCACAGAAUUAACAGUAAACAAACUAAUGCAUACAGCUCAUUCCCAAAUAAAAGCAUUGAGUUCCUUGAAGGAAAGUCAAGAGCGUCUAGAAGAGCAAACCCUGGAAGCACUGUCUUCGUUGUCUGAUGGAAAUAAAGCCUUGUUACAGCAGCAAGAAAAUUUGAAGAAUGCUCAAGCUUCGGCACAUCAAUUAGUCACUACAAAUCUGAGAGAAUUAAACAACGAGAAAGCUCUUAUACGUUCUGGUCAUGCACAACUAGCAGCUAUGACUGAAGAUAUAAGGAACAAAUUAGAAAAGGCAAGUCAGGAACUCAUCGAACAGUCCGUGGAGCGUGGUGAAAAUCACAAGGAAGUAAUUGCUGAUUUGAUGAAUAUACAAGUUCAGGCUCAUCUCAUCUGGGACAGAAUAGAGUCCAGCACAAAUCGAAUAGUUGCACAGAAUAUGGAGGCUGCUGCGCAGUAUGAGGAGACCCUGAAAAAGUUAGAACAGAUCAAUGAGACUAUUCAUUUCAUUUGGAAUAUAACAGACACGAUGCGUUUUGAAGUGGAUCGUAAGCUGGGCUGGAUUACUGAAUAUAUUGGUGACACAGGCGAACAAUUGCACAGAGCUUACCGGAGCGCAAUGCAUAUUAUUUAUUUACUUAUUGCAAUGGUAGUUGCUGCAUUCUUACAAGCACCAUUCCUAACCCGCGCUACAAUUAUGGGAGUUGUUCCCUUAAAUCUUGCUUCGUUUUUAAAACAUGGCACCGAUGCAUGCCUGGAUUUCAUCUCAAUAAGUGCCUUAAUAUUCUUGAUCACAGCGAUGCACUACGUAAUGGUUGGAAUACAAUAUCUAUUUGGUCCAAACAGAAAGACUGUUCCCAUAGACUGUUCCAUUCCAUCCAUCAGAUUAACAAAUGCUAAUGGCGCAUCGAAUGGUUAUUUGUACCAGCAUUCGCCAAGCCCAGUACCAUCAGUUCAUGUACCACUAAAUAUCAGAAUCCUGAAGAAACUAUAUGAUAUAUGGAAUAUAGUUCUGUAUCAAAUAAGCUUCUAUAAAAAUAAAAUUCAAACCUGUAUCCCGUCAUUGCCAUCCUGGACUCGCCGUAGUAUGACACCGUACGAAGAGAUGUCCUGUUCGUAUGUGUCUUCGAAAAAAUCGCGGGAAGAUUUGAUCACGAAUUACGCAAAAGAAUUUCCUAGUAUGUCGGAUGAUGCUACGGAUUACGAAUCUUCAGGACUGAAUGAGGUAAACGAUAAGUUCGAUGAUCUUGAUGAUAUCGUUGAUGCCAAUGACCUCAGACGUCGUAUGAAUAGAAGAAACGGUUCUGUCUCAAGAACCACUGCUAAUAAUCGGAUUACCUCACCAAGAAGCAAUACACCCACAUUCUCUUCACCUAAACUUCUAUGCAGUGCCAUCACAAGAACCGGAAGAUCAUGUCGUCUCUAUGCACAAAGUGGCCAGAAUUUUUGCUUCCGUCAUUCAAAUGGUUCGUCAUUUAUGGGUGACUAACUCGAAUAUUAAAUAAUAAAUUCUAUACAUUUAAUUAACACAUUAAAGGCGGGAGAUCUUGACGAAAGUAUGCUAGGUAACGCGGCGACCGCCCCGCCUCGUUUUUCGUCCUAGAGCGGGCGAUAUUUUGUGUAAUCAUAAAAAAAUUUAGACUUAGAAAAGUACUACGACUCCCGCCUUUAAGCUACAGUCGAGAUAAAUCGUAGUACUACGACUCCCGCCUUUAAUGUGUUAAUAUAGACAAGUUCGAACAAAAUACUGAGUAUUUGACAAAUUAGUACUUAGUUCAAUUUAAUUUUUGGUGGAUACCUGGUUAUACAAAUUUUAAUUUACCAACAUUUAUUUACUAACUUAAUAUUUAUUAGUUCGAUUUCUUGGUUAGUUUAAUUCUUAUAUACUAAUAUUCAAAUACACUAGCUAUUAUUUAUUUAUGCUUGAGGCACUGUGUUUUUACAAUUUUGUGAUCAAUUGUGUGACCAAUACCUAUUACCGAUUAAUGUUUACAUAUUGGACAUAGAACAAUAUUGGGACUUAUUAAAAACUAAAGCAUAGUAUAAGUUUAUGUAUAUUUGAUGAUUACGCUGGACAUUUUACAAUAAAAAUUUUAUAUCGUUAUAAAAUUGUAUUACAACGGUGACAUAAAUAUACAUUAUAUUUUUUUUCUUUCACGAAUGGAAAGGUGAACAAAAAUUUCACAUAAUUUCUUAGAUACAUAGACAAUGUGGCCUUUUAUUAUAAAUACAACUAAUAUUUGAUUAGGACUGUCAAUAAGAAAAAUAAUAACUACAUUGUAAUAGAAUAGUAUUAGGAUGUAUCCAUUUUUCAAAGAGCGCCAAUUGUACAUACUUCAUUUAUAAUAUAAAGAAUGGUUCUCUACUAUGUCAGACCUUGAAAACAAGUUUCUCAGACGUCAUUCCCUGAGUGGUUUUCAACGUUUGACUAAGAAUAUUUAUAGUCUAGUGACACUAGUGUGAUAUUUUGUAAUACGAUUGUAUAAUAGAAUGUUCUCAAAAAUG